UCAGUUGAAAAUCACGCCUGCAAUCGAUUGUUUAUUUUUUUUGUAUUAAAAAAUAUAUUUGCGAAUUGCCAAAAAAAAACUGAACUAUCCACUGGUCAACUGGUGCAGCCCCACAGAAAUCACGACACACAACUCCACUUGACAGCCAGAAGACAGGAGCUCCAUUCUAAAACAAGCAGAAGUCGAAGAAAACACAUAGCGGCUUUUCGCGAGACGCCGACUGAGGAAAAGCGAGGAAAGCAGGAAAAGCCAGACCAGACCAGGUGCCAUUUAGCCACAGACAUGUCGCGCAGCGUGCGGGCGGAGACACGCAGCCGGGCGAAGGAUGACAUCAAGCGGGUGAUGCAGGCGGUGGACAAGGUGCGCCACUGGGAGAAGAAGUGGGUGACCAUCAGCGACACCACCAUGAAGAUCUACAAAUGGGUGCCCAUCGCCUCCGCCAGCGAGAAGAAGGCCAAGCUGGAGACCUCGCCGGGAUCGGCAGCUGUCCGGCGACCACCAACCGGCUCGGGUGCGACGCCCGUCGGCGGCAGCAAGAGCGAUAAGGAGAACUCUCAGAAGGGCACGCCCACGCCACCGCAAAUCACGCCCAGCUAUCAGGGACUCACCGCCGAGGACUCCAACACCUGUUUCUCCGUCGUGUCCGACAGCCAGGGCGCCGACUUCGUUUCGAGUAUGCCCUUCUCCGAGGAUUCGAACUCGCAGGGCAGCGAUGGACCCGUCAAGCGAUUAAAGACGAGCGACUAGCCAAACAUUCGCAGCCACAGCGUCUACAGCAGCAGCAGCAACUAACUAAGAGCCCUAAUUAAGUUAGGUUAGCACCGACAGCACCAGAGAUGGAUUGUGCAUGAUGACGACGAGAGUAUCUGCCUCAGCCCAAGACUUAAGCAAUUCUCCUACACUAGCAGUUUAUGGCUGUCAGGUGUUCCCGCCGCAAGCCUCAUUUAUUCAUCAUCAAAGCGGGAGUAGCUGAUGGUCGAUAGGUCCAUAGCAUUAAGCUCAAAUGUAACAAUUUAUUUAUUAGAAGAGAAUGCGAAUCGAUUUGAGUACGAACCUAGAAUGGAUAUAUAAUUUUGUAAUAGCUGCUUUAAGAUAACAAACAGCCAGUCUGAAUGUUGUAAAUCGUGUAAAGUUUUUUGACUUUCAAUUUCUUAACGUUUUGACAACAAAUAGCAAAUAAAUUAUCGUACUAACAUAAGGCCACAUUUUUUGUUCCCCAUAAAACUGACUCGAAAACGAUUGAUGUAUACUCGUCCAUCAGUAGAUUUAUACCAUUUCGCUUGUAAACGUUUUCCUACGCAUUCAGUGAAUGCAACAGACUUUAAAUCGAAGCGUUUAAAAGCGAAUAUUGGUAGCUUCUAGUUUGUGAAUGAAUUGAACAUAGGAAAGUCAAACUGAAAACGAAUAUGAACCCUUGAUAGAUGCACAAAGAUUAAGAGAAAUUGAAAACCCAACCAGUAAACCUCUUUAUGCUACACUUACCAAUUAAAAUGUGACAUUAACUUUAACUGCCAGCAGGGCGCGAAAAAUAUGUUCGCUGAAUGUUUUACAUUUUUUAUGAUUUUUCUUUAUUGAAUGUUUUAGUUUUCAUCAUCUUACAAUUUUCCCCCCGUAUGUAUAAUAAUAAAAAAAAGGUUUAUUCUUUCAACAAAUAGUUUUUCAUUUCAUUCGUAGUUUUACUCUUAUUAUGUUCUGGUUUUUCUUUUUCGUUAUCCAUUAUGUAUGUAGCUUGACAUUAAAUAUACAAUUAACUUCACAUAUAGCGUUGUAUAUGGCCCGAUUGGCGUAUACAGCUUUAGUUUCUCUCAUCUUUCACUAAAAUUUAUGCUAAAAACACGCUUAAAUGAAGGGAAGCACAGAUUUUGCACAGAGAACGAAAAUGAAAAAAAAAUGCACACACAUUACGACUUUCGAAGAGAAAGAUAAAUCAUAAAUCAUAAUACAAUUCAUAAAUCGAUGAUAUAAUUAAAAAAUAAAA